UCAAGGAAACAAGCUGCAAGAGACGAAAAGAACAGAGACAAGGAAAAGUCGAUAUCUGACAAUACCUACAGAGUUGUAACUAUGGAUCUUCAGUGCGUUCUUCUUUCACCAAGACUUCAGGCCAGCGCUCUUUAUUAUAAGACCAAGCUUGCAUGCCAUAAUUUCACACUCUAUGACUUAGCAACGAAAGAUGUUACUUGCUACUUUUGGCACGAAGGUGAGGGUGAUCUGACUGGAAAUUCGUUUGCUUCUUGUAUUGUCCACUUUAUUGAAGACAUGCUAGCUCAAUCUGAUAAAGAGAUUAAAACAGUUGUACUUUACAGCGAUGGUUGCACAUACCAGAACCGGAACACGGUGUUAGCAAACGCAUUGUCCAAAUUAGCAAAAGAAAGGGGUUUAACUAUCUUACAAAAAUAUUUGGAGAAAGGACAUACCCAAAUGGAGGUAGACAGCGUACACAGCACCAUUGAAAGCAAACUGAAGAGAAAGCCAAUUUAUGUGCCACAGAAUUACGUAGAUAUAAUCAAAUCUGUCCGUCCGUCUCAACCUUACCAUGUUCACUACGUCGAUCACACAUUUUUCAAGAACUUUUCGCACAUAAACUUGUAUUCAAGUAUCAGGCCAGGUACUAAAGUAGGUGAUCCUGUUGUGACUGACAUUCGUGUUUUGGAAUAUUCUCCCCAUUGUGGUAUUAGGUAUAAGCUGAUGUAUGAUCAGGAGUUUUGUGACUUUCCUAGAAAGGCCAAACUUAAUGAACAAGCUACACCUGAAAUGACAGUUGCACCACUUCACGCUACACAAUGUAAGGUGAAAGAAUCAAAGUACAAACACCUUCAAGAACUAAAAAAUGUGAUUCCACGGGAUUUUCAUCCGUUUUAUGACAUUUUAAAGUCACUAAAUUUUCUCUUACUUGGGCUGCAAAUAACAGCCGCCAUGAAACCUCAGUCAAUUACUUUCAACAACAUUAAUAGAUGCACUUCUGAGCCCAAGUGUAGAUGUUUUGUCGUGAAUGAGGACGUUCGCAGCGGCGACCUUGCCCACCUGGGUGCAGACUGCUCUAGAAAAGGUCUUUCAAAUGUACCUGUUUUCUCCCCGGAUGUUACGUGGAUAAGUCUCUCCGAUAACAACCUUAGUGCAUUCCCGAACGCAUCAGACAUCGGAAACAACGUUAAAUUUCUCGAUUUAUCUCAUAACAAAUUAAGAUCAUUUAGAAAGGAUACAUUACAGAGAUUAACAGAUUUGAUCACUUUGAAUAUUAGUAAUAACCAGUUAUCUUAUAAUACAUCAAUUUUCAAACCUGGAAUAUUUGAAUCUUUGUCAAAAUUGCAAUUUUUGAAUCUGAAACAUAAUGUCCACGAAGAGAACACUGAGUAUCCACAAUGUAUCCGAGAACUUACAUCACUGGAAACUCUCCAUCUUGAUGGAAUAGACGGUGCCGACUUCCCGAUGUCAAAUCUAACAACCCUGGACUUCACAAGCCUCCAAGGAGGGUGUAAGAUUAGAUCUCUAGCCCAAACUAUGUUUGUGGGAGUACCAAUGAUACAGUAUCUGGACUUAGCCUUUUGUAAUCUCACUCGUAUAGAGAAAGGUGCCCUGGGUGUACUUAAUCGGCUGAAGUAUCUCAACGUGUCACACAACGUCUACCUGUCAUUUUCCGUUUUAUCGAACCUCACAUUUAACUUACAGUGUACAGACAUUCGUACUAUAGAUGCAUCCAAGAUACAUUGUACAUACGGAGUUGGGACUAACGUAGUAACAGACGAUUUAAAAUACCUGAAAAACACGACAUUAGAGAAUUUAUACUUCGACAGUAAUAGACUUAACUUGAUACAGCUUGGUGUGGUGGAUUGCCUUCCUCCAACAUUACGGUAUAUAUCGGGCCGGGACAAUAUGUAUACUUUGGGAACGUACCUUUUUCAGUUGGCAGAUUUAAACAAUGUUCGUAAAUUGGACAUAUCCUAUUCCUUCACUACGCAUGCGCCUUCUAUCACCACCAAUCGUUUUCUUAGUUGUAAUGAUUGGAGGGGCCCCGUGAAAGACGAAAGCGAGGUCAUGCCAUCCAAUGACAUGAUGAAGAAGUUGACGUUGGAGCGCCUGGGUAGUAAAGAAAAGGGAAUGAUAUUUAUUUUCAAUUUGCCGCGAAAUCUUGAGAUAGCCUCAUUUGCCAACUGUUAUUAUCGUUAUAUUAUUGUCUCACUACAUUUUAGUAAGAACAGAUUGACUCACAUUUUCGCCCAAAAUAAUUUGUUUACUGAAUGGAGAGGUCCAAUAUUCAAUUUGACCAAACUUGAAUAUGUCGAUUUAUCAAAUAACUUUUGUUCAUAUGUGUCAAAGGAAUUCUUUCAAUACGCUCCUUCACUUAAAACACUGAUUAUUAAUACAAACCUUCUGGGUUUUAUGAUGAAUCAGGAUACAUACGGCGAAACAUUCAAAAACAAUAUAUUGCUAACUAAAUUGGAUAUGUCUAUGAACAGAAUAGAUAUGCUGUCACACAAAAUAUUUCACACACUGGUCAACAUGAAAUAUUUAAAUCUUAGUUUCAACUUGAUGACGUCAUUGGAGAUAGACAUAAGUCACAUGAGGAACCUUACGAAUUUCGAUCUAUCUCACAACCAGUUGUCCGAACUGACCAAUCAGAACAGGCAACACAUUGACGCAAUUACCAAGACGGGAAACCUGAUGGUAGAUUUGAGUAACAACAGAUUUGUGUGUUCCUGUCAGACUCUUCCAUUUCUUCACUGGAUUAACUUGAAUCAAAAAAUAUUUAGAGGAUUUCAAACAUACCGCUGUAGUCUUGAUAAUAAAACCAGUGUCUUGUUCUCAGAGCUGGAUUCAGUACUUCAACAGCUUGAGAAAGACUGUACUAGUUACAUAGGUUUGAUUGCUGGGCUCCUCUCCGCUAUUGUGUUCUGUAUAGCGAUCGUGGUGCUUGGUCUGGUUUACAGGUAUAGAUGGAAACUCCGUUAUUUAUACUAUAUCACAAAAAAUAAAUACAGAGGAUACGCCACGAUCAGAGACGACCAUAAUCAUGAGUACCGAUAUGACGCAUUCAUUUCGUAUGCGGCAGAGGAGUCCGAAUUUAUCAAGAAGGAUUUGAUUAAAAACCUUGAGGAAAAUCGUCCAUUUCGACUAUGUAUUCAUGAACGAGAUUUUACACCUGGUAUGGACAUAGCUGCUAACAUUACAGACGCCAUACAUUCCAGUCGGAAGACGGUCGUGAUUAUGAGUGAAAACUUUGUCGAGUCAUAUUGGUGCAUGUAUGAAUUAAACAUGGCGCGGAUGGAGAGCAUUUACUCACGAGAGGGGGCCUCUGUUUUGUUUCUGGUCAUGUUCAGCCAUGUGCCCAUCGACGCCAUUCCUUUACAGGUGAUUGAUGUCAUCCGGUCCAAGACUUACAUCGAGUAUCCAAAUGACCCCCAGGGAAACGUGGUAUUCUGGGACAGAGUAGUAGAAGCCAUAUCUAAAUAA